GCGGGGGGGGGGGGCGCCUCAGGGCCCUGUGGGGGGCUCCCGAAGGAGGGUGUUUUUUUUUUUUUUUGUGAUUAUUUUUGUGUGGUUUUCCCCCUUUUCUUGCAGGGCUGCCGGAUGAGAAGGCGGCUGGGACGCCUCAGCCAGCGGGAGCCCCCCAGGCUCCAUGCCGGCUGCUGCCCGCUCCGGGCUAACGCCUGGCAGCGGCUCCGGCCCCUAUGAACCCGGCCCGGCCGCGCUCUGCUUCGCCUCAGAAGUUCAGCCCGAGCUUUGAGAACAGCACCGUUGAGAAACAGAGGCGAGAGCUGCAGGUUUUAAUCGCAGAACUGAAAGCCCGUGAGGAGGAGCUGAACGCCAUGGUUGCCGUGCAUCAGAGGGAGCGCCUCGCCUGGGAAGAUGAUCGUCAAAAAAUACUGACUCUGGCAGAACGAUGCGCCUUAUUAAACAAUGAACUGAACAAGAGAAAUGACAUUAUAAAAUCACUAACCAAAAAGUUAAAGCUCUUAGAAUCUCAGCAGAGUGACAGUAAGAUGAUAUGUGAAAUUACACAACAGAAGUUUGAAGAGCUGUCUCAAAAACUAACACACGUUACUCUUCACUGUCAGGGUCUGGAGGAGGAAAAUCAAAUUCUCCGCUGCUCAGUUUUGAAACUGUCUGCUAAAAAAGGCCAGCUGCAAGCUAGAGAACAGGAGCUCCUUAAAAAGCUUGAGCUGAAGGGAGAGGAUAUACUUGAAACAACUGAUUACGUUACUGAGUUUACAUCUAAAUUUAAGCUGGAGAGUGCACUGCAUGCAGCAAAGGCAGAAGAAUUCGGUCUCAACAAAGAAAAGCAGGACCUCAGACUGAGACUGAGAGAACUAAUACUUGAAACAGAUAAGCUGAAAGAUGACCUCUGUGAAAAGAUUAAAGAAAAUAAUAAGCAGCAGGAAGAAAUCAUUCACCUCAAACAAGAAAAUGUCUCCUUGAAGAAUGAGCUUGCACUUAAUGUUGAGAAAGCAAAGAGAAAGGAUCAACUUCUUCAGUUUGCCAAGUCUAAACAAGUACGGACUGACACAGAGCUAUCAAGUUUGCGAGAGCAGAUCUAUGUAAAACAGCAGCGUGACUUGCAGUUUCUUCAUGUCAACUUGGAGAACUCUCAAGAAUUAAGGCAAAAGCAUGAAAAGGUGGUAUAUGAAAAGAGCAAAGGUACGGUAUUCCCUGCUCCUGAAAGUAACAGCCAAACAGAGUCGGUUAGGACUGACGGUACCCACAGGGUAUGUGAGGAUCAUGGAACUGCUCAAGUGCUGAAAAGCAGGGUAGAAAACACCUCUGAGAUGUGUGAAGUAGAUAAUAGACUGUUACUGGAUGCAUCAGGCUUGGAGAAAACUACAUCAGCACACUUAAAUCGGUGUCAAAAAGUUGUGAAAGGCUUGGCAAUGGAAGAAGAAGAAAAGCAGGAUGUUGCAUCAAGCUCUGAUGAGCUAGACAGCAAGCUAUUUUAUGAGGCAAACAACACGAGGCUGUUGAGAAACAGGGAAAUCUCCGAGAAUGAAGUGGAAAGCAGAGACCAGCAAACUUUUGAGUCAUCUUCACCUGAAUAUUGGCUUAACAUCACUUCUUGUGUAGAUUCUCAAAAUACCUUGAUCCAGAAAGCCACGUCUGACAAAGCUGAUAAUGAAAAUAAAACCUGGGAAGAGAGAACUGGAAUUCUGUUUGGUCAAAAAAGCAAAGAGACUUCUGUUACGAUUCACACGUCUGAAUCUGAGUCCUUUAGUAGUAACUUCAUCCUUAAAAAAGAUGCAAGGUGGAAGCCAAUAUCAGAUCCAGAAUGGCUGAAGAUUUUUAAACCUAUAAAAGGAAACGGAAGUAAAUUGCAGAGAAAAGGUGGUCUCAAGACUGCAGAAGAGAUGAAAUAUGCCAGUUCAAAAAGUGGAGAAAAUUUUGAUCUGAAUUCUUUUCACUUGGAUUCUCCCUGUUUUUUGACUUCAACUCAGAAAGGAGACAGAUCUCAAAGACGUGAGAAGUUCUCUGAUGCAAACUCCCCUCUGGACAUCGGAUGCCUGUUACCCCACAAGUAAGCUGCAGCCUGCAUUGGCCGAGUCUCAACAGAUGGUUGCUGAUCUGGAGCUUAGCACUCUCCUCCACAUGAGCCUUCACUGCAGUCCAAACAGCAGCAGCAUUAACACGGUAUUUAUUGCUUUUCUGUGACUAGAUUUAGGUGGCUGGGAAGAGUCACUGUGAAGGCUGUGCUUGACCUGUGUGACAUUAUAAGCAAUAUCCUCCUCGUGCUUUGCUGUAGAGAAAAUGCCUGCAUGCCUUCGCAUGAAAUGCUUGGAUUUUUUUAUAGGAUUCUUUAUGGCUCCUCAAGGUCGUGACAGGAUUUGACUUUUGCAUGCGUCUAAGCAGAUGGAAGGAAGGAAUCAUUUUGGAGCAAGCUGUAGGAGGUCUAGAAAAAAGCAAGCACAAGUAUGACUUGCACUCAGAACUGGUUUAUUAUGCUGGCUAUAUUUGUGGGAAGGAGGACAGUACAGGAAAUGGUGAUACAGAGAAUAGUUUUGUGUGUGAAAAUAAGCCUGACUCUCUGUGUAAAUAACCUUUGAAUUUUUGUAGAUUAAUAGUUUUAGUUCUUUCAUUACGGGGUCAGAGAGCACCCUGAAGGGGCAAAGAACCCGUAUAAUAGCUGUCACAGCAAUGCACUUUAUGAACGUGAACUCUGAUAGGAAGUUUCUGUCCUGAGUAUGUGAGCUACAGGAGUAAUUGGAGAAGGGGGCACUUGUUUGUUUUCAUAAAUAGCCUUAAGAAUUUCUGCUUUGUUUGACAAGAUUUGUAACACAGGAGAUUGUAUCACUUGUCACUAGUGUUGAUAUGUAUCACAAAGGGAGAAUUUGGGCUCCUAAUGAGAAGGCUGCAUGCUGAAACUUCAGCUGUGCUUUCCUCUGAAAGUAUUACCUCUCCCUAAAAAUGUUGCAAGGCCUUAGAUGAACUUGACCAGAACAAUGUUACCGUAAGUACCAGACAAACAAAAGUAAUUCUGAUAACAUUCAGAACCCAAAAACCUGAGUUGUGCUGGGACCGACUGACAGAGGAUUAAGGUUGUGUGCCAGCAUUUGCAUAAACUGAAAGGAUAUUUUGUUCAGAAGUUCAUCUGCAGGAUUUCAUUCAGCCUGAAAGACGGCAGCAGUGUAGUCCUUUGCAAAGACUAUCUUGUGGGAUGGAUUCCUGAAAAGCCCUCUGCAGAACAGUAGUUGCUUGUGGCUCUUGCCCAGCCCCAUCAGAUGUCUGGCUCCUGCUCUGACUGGCAUGCCACAGCUCGGCUGAACUGGCCGUCCUUUAGGCGAGAGCACGACUCUGCUUUACAACCUGACACUGCGUUUUUGGGCUUGGGAAUUGGCUUCUCCUUUGGAAUGGCUGUUGCUUCGGCGGGUAGAAAAUAAGGCACGCUCAUAUUUGCUGGCAAGGGUAGCUUCUGCACCACAUCUGUAGAACUUUGAUCUACUUUCAGAGCAGUUCUGGGCAAAAACUUGUCAAGCGUGUUCUGGUUAAUCUAUGCAGACUAACUAAUCUGUGCUUAAAACCAGGCCUACCUGAGGCUGUUUUAAACUGCUCUUUAAAACACGAUGCAUAUAAAAAAUAACCCUUAAAAUUUAAUCAGUGAGAAUUUGUCUGAUGAAUGCUGUGCCCCCUUUGGGGGAGUGGGGGAGAAGAGGGAAAUAAAAAGUGUACCAUUGCUGCCUGGCAGUUUGAAUCUGGGACCUCUGUAAUUCUUAUUGUCUGAGUUCCUUGAUUUCCAUGUCGUGUUUUUGCAUUACAAUAUAGACAACAGAACUUGCAGAGACUUCACAGGACGCAGUUAUCUGGUACAGAAGAAAGAGGUGCUAAGCUUCAGUUCUUUUCUCUAUGAUAUUUUGUGAGUAUGCUUUUUUUUUCCCCUCACUUGAUUUAUUUUUGUUUGUUCUUAUUAUAAAUGUAUCUGCAAUAUUAAUACAAGUCUAUGGGCUUCUGAGAUGAGCCUGGCACAAGAUUCUAAGUGCACUACUCUGAAUGCAUUUCCAAUAAAACUCCUGUGAGUACUGUAGCAGCAAACAUAUACUAAGGCAGCCAGUAAUUCCUUUAGUCAAAUAAUUAAACUUUUCUCAAGCAUGUUUCUAAUGCUUCCUGCUCAGAAAAAGUCUGGGUUGUCAGAUCUUGCAGUUCUGUUCCUGAGCUUGCAGCCUUUCUUGUACCUGCACACAGCUUAUUGUAGUUGGAGUCCUUCUGUGUGUUACAGAUAACAGGAUCAAGGAUAUGAACAUUGUUGAAUAAGAGAUUGGGAAGUGUUUUUCAAUGCCACAGCCUUUCAAUGCCAAGGGCUGUUUUAGCAUAUUGUUCCAGGGCUCGGAGCUCCAAAAGUAGAAUGUAUUGAGCAGAGCUGUUUCAGAAUAUUAAAAAAAAAAAGCAGCCUUGCCCAUACCAGAUUGUUUUUCCUUUUUAAAAUCAGGAAAUUUCUCACUGUCUGAUUAUUUGUUCUACCAAUGCGAGUUGGAUGCUUGCAAUAGGCACCAUGUCGUCUGGUUUUGAGGACAAAAGGGUAACCAGAUAUGGUUAAAACACAGAAAAUCACGUGAAACUGAGUAACAGCUAGCAACAAUGGGGGAAAAAAUAACCAAAAGGAAAUCUUCCAGUGCUGACACAACCCCAGAGCGUGUCUGCAAAGGGGAAUUAUUACUCCGUAAACAGGAGUGUGAAGCUGUGUGGCACUGGCUUUCUUGUACUGGUUCUUCAUGGGGACACUGGGGAUGCUCUUAUGCAAUUUUGGUCAAGUGCUCAGUUCUUUUCUCAGUGUAUUCAAACUACACUCCCUAGUCUGUGUCUCUUCUGUGGAGCUGAACCUUUCGUGCCCCUGGGGAGUGGUGUUGGUUUACAGCACCCCGACGUUCUGCUGUUUCGGCAGGUACACUUUGCAUUAAGCGCAGAGACACUGAGUCUUGUCUCAAAGUGAGUUGGGUCUGCUUACUGCACGCUAAUGGGGCUCUCAGAGGAAAUGGAUGCUGAGUAGCUGGAAUGCCCUGCCUCACCGUGCUGUAAUAUUCCUGUGUAGAGAUCUCUACUUUUCCUAUAAAGAUAAGCCCCAAGAUAAAAGAAACAGAAGGUUUUGUAGAUCGAAACCAGCUCUGUGACUCGCAUCCUGAAACCACUGAUGUUAAAAAGUUUCAGGAGCAAAUCCCCAAAAUUGCUGAGCACCGUGCUGAUGCAGCAAAGUGGUAAGCACAUGCUUAGCCUACAGAAAUAAUCUCAUUUGCUUGAAGUGAGAAAGAACUGAUGGAACAAACAUACCCACUCUUAAUCCAUGACCAGGUUUAGUGACUCUGCAAGUCACUGGCUGCUGAAUAAAUCUUAUUUUUUUUCUCUUAAUAAAAGGCGUUGAAUCAACUGUGCUCAGUUAAAAACAAAGCAACUUUUGCAGGUUCAGAAGUAACUAACAUGUUCAGGUAAUUUUGUUUCGAAAAGUAAUGGAAUUUAUUUUUCUGAUUGCUUUUAAAUCGCCUGAUGGCAGGUGCAGUGAUAAACAUUAGGUUAAUUUCCUGCUGACAGUGAUUUAGCCAUUUUCAUCAGUCAGUCAUUUUCUCUUUAGAGGGAAACUGAGUUGGGGAGAGCUGAAGAGCCACGCAAAGGAGGAAAGCGUUGGGAAAAAGGAUCUGUUUGGUUUUGGACUGCUUGUAAACUGUGACUCAGUAGCAAGCCAAGGGCACAAAGAUCACUCCUUUUUGCAAAACAAAACAAAAACAUUUUAUUUCAUAACACACGAGUGGAAUCCCUGAGACUGUUGUCCUUCUGUGAAGCACUUUGUUUACAAAUCUGUCUCCUCUUUAUAUUUUUACUGUAUUUUUUGGUCUGUCUUCAGUAUGAAAAUGUAUAUAGUAAAUUGACUUAUAUGCGAUUGCUUAAUAUAUUUCAGAAGAAAUAAAAGCCUUCUGUCUUUUAAUACAAAUCUUUAAUUUUCUGCAGUGGAUUAAGACAUUGCCAUUAUAGAAUUAUUUUUGAGAACACCAACCCGUCAGCUACCAUGGAAAGUUACCUAACUUUUUUUUUCCAUAGUUCUGUGAGUGUUUGAAAGACUCACAAGUGGCAAAAGAUGUGACUACGCUGGAAUACAUUUCAACUUGAAAUAAAACCUAGAAUUAUGCCAAGGUAAACAAAACUAUUUUUUAUAGCUGUGAGGUCAGGUUAAAUGCUGGCUUGUUUUUUUAAGAAUCUUCAAUGCGUAAUUGUUACCACACAGCAACUAUUUUUCUUACCUUUUUUAUGGUGGUUCAGAAAUAAUUUUAGAGCAUGACACAGCCAAGCAUUCAUUUUUGUUAGUUUAUUGUUUUUGUUCUGAACUUCUUGCCGUGUAGAGAGAUGAAUAAUGUUUAUAGGAAGUUCCCAAUUAGUCUUGUAACCAGGAAAUGCCUCCUACAUUGUUGAAAUUGGACAGCUGUCACCCACAAGGUGGGCAAAACAACUCUUCCCCAGUCAGCAGCUAUUUAUUCUAACAAAAGCUUACAGCAAGAUCAGGUGUUUGUGUGGACUGUUUUAGCAUUGUAAUGCAAUGGCUAACCAUAAUGUAACUGGCUUUUUAGCAUUUAAACUCUUUUUAUCUUUGA